AUGAAGCGCAGAUGCAAAUGCCAUGGAACAUCUGGAAGCUGCCAGUUCAAGACUUGUUGGCAUGUGACUCCUGAUUUCCGGGCAGUUAGCACACUUCUACGGGAAAAGCUACAGCGUGCUGUCUUCGUGAACUCCCGUAAUAAGAACAGUGGAGCUUUCCAUCCACGUCUCAACAAGAAGAGACUGGCCCGUGAGCUUGUCUACUUUGAGAAAUCUCCUGACUUUUGUGAGAGGGAUACACUAGUAGACUCCCCAGGCACUCAAGGACGGGUAUGCAACAAGACAAGCCACCAGAUGGACAGCUGCGCCAGCCUUUGCUGUGGGAGAGGCCAUAAUAUCCUCAUGCAGACCCGCCGGGAACGUUGCAACUGCCGGUUUCACUGGUGCUGCUAUGUUAUGUGUGAGGAGUGCCGCAUCACACAGUGGGUUAAUGUGUGUAAGUGA